CAACGGCCUGAGACCCGAGACCCGAGUCCCCGCCCGUGGACCGCUCCUGCUCCGGUGCCGGGGUUUGCGGGGAGCCGCGAACGGGCCCGCGUCACUCGCCUGGCUCCGAGGACGCAAUGAGGCUCCUGCUCGUCCCGCUGUUGUUGCUGGGCGUUUCACUCUCCGGGGUUAAAAAUGAAAAACUGAAAGAGAAGAGGUCCGUUCCCGCGGAGCCGACACCGCUGAAGCCCGACGUAGCGAGCAAUGUGAUCGCUGUUGGAGGUGGCGCUGAGUCGGCAGCGGCCAAGCCAGUGUCCGGAGCGUCAGAUACCGUAGGGCCAAAGGCCGGAGGGUCAGAGGCCGGAGGGCCAAAGGCCGGAGGGUCAGAUACCGUAGGGCCAAAGGCUGAAGGGCCAAAGGCUGGAGGGCCAGAGACUGGAGGGCCAAAGGCCGGAGGGCCAGAGGCCGGAGGGCCAAAGGCCGGAGGGUCAGAUGCCGUAGGGCCAAAGGCCGGAGGGUCAGAUGCCGUAGGGCCAAAGGCCGGAGGGUCAGAGACCGGAGGGUCAGAUGCCGUAGGGCCAAAGGCCGGAGGGCCAGAGACCGGAGGGCCAAAGGCCGGAGGGUCAGAGUCCGUAGGGCCAAAGGCCGAAGGGCCAAAGGCCGGAGGGUCAGAGAUCGGAGGGUCAGAGUCCGUAGGGCCAAAGGCCGAAGAGCCAAAGACCAGUCCAGAGGGCGGGGAGACCACUGACCACGAACCGACCGAGGAGGCGGAGACAGAUGAAGGCGAGGCCGCGGAGGGAGACCCGGUCGGGCCCGAGGGAGCCGCGGGCGGGGAAGAACCGGAGAAGGCCGCUGGAGGGGUGGUGGAUCCGGGGCGGGCACAGGCCGGGAUGGACACGGUGCCGGAGGACGUGGCGGAGAGCAGCCACUUCUUCGCCUACUUGGUCAGCACCGCCAUCAUCGUGGCCGUUGUCUAUGUUGCCUACCACAACAAGCGCAAGAUUAUUGCAGUUGUUGUCGAGGGACGGAGAUCAAAGAACUCUCGACGGCCAAAGACCACCGACUAUCAGCAGCUGGACCAGAAGAUGUGAAGUGGAUCGGUGGAUGUUCUGUGGAGCCCGCAGCGUCUCGCUGGAGUCGGGCGAUAGCCCCCACACCCCACCCCCCCUUCGCUGCCCCCCUACCCCCCUCGCUCCCCCGACCCACACUAUAUCCCUGCUACACCCAGGGUCUCUGCGUCUGAUCUGCCUGCUCAUGGAACACUGGGGGGAGGGGGGGUGAUGGGUCAUAGAGGGUGGGUGAGGGGUGAUUGAAGGGGGAGGGG